CAGGUGAGUCUCUUAGGUGACUAUCAUUGUACAGUGUUGGCGUACAGCCAAAAUGCUGUGCUCCUCCCAGGUGUGCGCAGAUGAGUAGCGGAACUCGGGUGUGGCCUCAAAGAAGAGGACGGGACAGUUUGCACUAAGGUCACAUUUCAAGAGGUCCUCAUGGGGUCCUCCAAACGAGUGUCUAAAUGGACAGUGGACGAAGUGUGUGACUGGGUGAGGAAGCAGUAUCUCUGUGACUAUGAGCAAACCGCCCUGCAGCAGGCAGUACUCACCCAUGCCAUCUCAGGUCGCGCUCUUCUGAGAAUGAGCGAGCACCAGCUGGACAGGCUGGGUAUAGAGCCUGAGCUGCAGCAGGAGAUUCUGCAGGACGUGUUGCUCCUCAGGGUCCAGGAGGAACUGGAGAACCUGAAUGACAUCUUCACUGAGUGUUUUGCAUCAUGACCGAAUAGACUGUGGAUGUGGGGACUGCGGAACGUUCAUUUGGCCUACAUCUGCUGAAGAUGACAUGAACAGGGAGCAUCCUUUCACUCUCAGGACUGUGGGCCCGGACAAUUUUAGCAACACUGUUUUUUUGUUACACUGUCUUUCUGCACACCUACACAAAAGCCUCAAAAAGAUUCACGCUUCCACAAAAGAAUCUUCAGAUUAUGCAGAACAGUUGGGCACGGCGUACAACACAGUUACCCAGGUCAAAAUCAUCCUCAGUAGUUUGUCUGACAUAUUUAUGAAGGGGGUCAUUAAAGUAAGGCCGUUUCCCACUGGGUCCAUUUUGCUGAUCCAAUUAUUCCGAGUAUUACGUUGCAUUAUUUGGUUGCGGACCACGGUCCAUUUAUGUCAUCAACACGUAAGGAAUGUGCUGAUUUUAUUCACUAGUGUUUUUCUUCAUCUUUUUGUUCAUGUGGUCAUUUUCUCUCUGCCAUACAUGAUGUGAGCUGCUCAGGUGAGGUUGUUGCGGAGACAGGCGGCAAUGUGAAAUGAAUUUGUAGCUUUGUUUGCAGAGCAUACACACAUUCCCUCAAGCAUAAAUUGCCACAUAGCAUGCCCCCUUAAUCAAUUUUUUAACUGGUUAGCGUUUUAGACAAUUGCAUGUUGUGAAAUAAUUUCACAUUUAACAGUGAUUUAUUUAUGGUGGGAGAAAUUGGGAUCCAUGAGCGGUCAUAAACAGCGUUUGCUUUCUGGUUUUUGAUCUGUUAACUUUCUCUCCAAAUUCAAACAACACUGGAGUUCAGGUCAUUUUCUGGAGGAUUUGGGUACAGUCCAUGAUGUGCACCAGUUCGGAAAACAGCUUUGACAUCAACCGAGCUCUCAGCCUAAAGGGACCGUACCAAAAGCUCUAGUGAGAAAGCACCCUAAGUAUGACCAAAUUAAAAAAGACUGUUAGAUUGGCUAAAUGACACAGUUGAAUACUGUCAUUCAGAUCUGAUAAAUCAGUGGCAUGAAAUACCCUCAUUAGAGCCCAUAAUAAUAGAAAUGGCUGUGUAGACUCUAAGGUCCAAGUACACAGGACCAUCUCUUAGGUCAGGUCCUGUCUGCGGCUUCAGCCUAUUGGGAGUUAUAGGUCUAUCAGCAGGCCGUCACCUCACUUUAUUUAUACAGCAAAAACAACAGGAGUUGAACCAAAGGGCUUUUCAGUCGAGGUAGAUAAAUUGACAAUAAACAUAUACAUGAAUAAAGGAAUAAGAGUUAAAAAGACUAAAAAGAAAAUACGAAAUAUAAAUAAUACAUAGGAAUACAAAAUAAAACAUAUGGAAGGAUUAAAAGUGAGAGGAAUAAAAAAAAAUAGCAAUGUAAUAUUAGAAAUAAGAAUGGAUUAGAAGAGAAAGGAAUAAAACUGGCAGUAAAAUAAAACACAAUAAAGGAACAACAAAUCAGAAUUACGAGUGAAAAAACAGAACAGCCUCAGACUGAAGUAAAAGCACAACCUCUCUGACUUAACUAAAGUGCAACUAAAAGGGACACGUAGUUAAAACCCAGAGAAAGCCAGCUUAUAAAAGUGAGCUUUUAGUCUGGUUUUAAAAGUCUCCAAGCCGGCAGCAGAUCUCACAUCAAAUAGGACCAAUAACAGUAAAGGCUUGAUCAUCGUUUGUUUAAAAAAUUAGACCUUAAAGCCCUUGAUGGAACAUAGGGGUCAGGAGAUUUAAAAUAUAGGCUAGAGUAAGGCAAUUCACAGCCUUAAAAGCAAACAGUUCAAUCUUCAGAUGUAUCUAAACCUCACUGGGAGCCAAUGUAGUGCAGCUAAAACAGGUGUGAUCUUGGUCCUAGUUAAUUAAGAGCCUAGCUGCUGCAUCUCGGACCGCUUGCAGUUUGGAGAGUGAUGCCUGGCUAACACCUAUAGUAUAGUACACUGCAUUACAGUGUCUGGAAGACAUAAAAGCAUGGACCACCUUUUCACAGUCUUUGGGGGGAAGGAAAUUCCACACUUUAGCAAUUAUUCUUAGUUGAUAAAAUAAGGCACUAACCACAGAAUUGAUCUGCUUAUCAAAUGUCUUUAACGCCUAGGUUCUUUACAACAGGCUUUGUGUUUGAUGUGAGUGGACCGAGGACACUGCUGAGGUCUGUGGACACACCGCUAGGCCAUUGGUUGUCCCUGGAGUGUCUCCUUACCAGAGAUGGCAUUGAUUGUAAGAGACUGUAUGCAAUAUGUUUUCACUGAUGUCAUGCUUUAACCUAGUUAAUCAUUGAUAUUGUUCGGUAUAAUAUUCCAAUUGAUCUUUGGAGUAUUAUCUCAUUUGUUCAUAAUCAGAUUGACUACACCUUGUUUUGUUCAUUUAUUUAUAUAUAUACACACACACAAAAAGAAUACAAUCUCCAGUGCCAAACUAAACAAAUAAAAAAGAGAUGUAGACAAAGAGCAGAGUAAGUGGAGAGCUGUACCAAAUCAGCACAUGGAGGGAAUCUGAGCCUAGUUCAAAGGAAAAGGGGGGGCAUAAACCAAAAGAAAUGCGAGCGCUAAAUCUGUUUAUGUUUUAAAUCCUUUCCGCUUGAAGCAAUCCUCUUGCUGACUCUGGAGUUUGGCCCGCGGCCCUCUGAUACUGUUAGCCUGCCGCAGCUCACUGAGUCCUUACAUUUUAGGGACAUAUUAGAGUACCUGGCCAACGCAAUUAAACAGGGAAGAAAACUCAACACUGUUUCCACAUCUGAAGAGUGUGAGCAGUGUGGCCUCUACUGGAGAGUUAGGUCCAUGAUUACUAUAAAGUUCAUUCAUCAGAUAGACGAUUGUACAUUCAUUACACUGCCAAGAGACAUGUUAUUUGUACAGUGACCUGCAAGUGUCAAUAAAUGGUGUGUGACCCGCUGAACUUACAGACUCUGAUGUCAGGGAGUCAACAAGCUGACCUAAAAGAGUGUGUUGUUUAGAAUAUUCCUGAAUACUUAAAUGUUACAAACCCAAUGCAUAGAAAUAGAAGCUACAUUGUGACCAAGUAAUGUGUUUAAUGUUAAAAACAACUUAAAUAAAAUAAUAAAUAAGUGUA